AUGCUCCGAACGAGACAGCUGGCUUUCACCAGGCACUUCAGCUGUUGCCUACCGCGGCGCAAGAUCACGAUUGAGCACGACGACGAUAAGACAUACGAGGAUAUUCCGCGGUCGAGCACUGUGGGAACCGAGCAAUCGAGUCUGUUCUUUUCGUACAGAGCAGGCGGAGAGACGUUUGGCCAGCUGGUCAACGAGGUGCUUCACGACAGAGACCCGCUUCAUAACCACCGUGUGGUGACUCCAGAGGAGGCCAUGGAAGGCGUUGAUCCAAAGUACAGAAACACAGAAACGGGCGAACUCCUUGCUGCUGCCACGAGCAGGGAGGCAAGGCUCCAUCCGCAAACACUGGCGGGAAGGGUCAACAGAAGACGCGUCCAGCUGCCCAGGCUCAUUGCAGAUGCUAUAAAUUACAACAUGAUGCUUUUGCACGAGCCAAAACUUUUGAAGGACAAAGUUGCAGAGUACUACAAAAAAUUUGAGGAUACGGGUCUGCACGCGAAAACUAACACUGAGGAGGAAGCGGAUAUUUACAUAGCCGGCUCGUUUCUGCAAAACUACGCGACGUGUUAUCAAGUCUUGGACGAGCUCAGACGUCGUGUCGGGAAAGAGUGGAGUCCAAAACGGGUGCUGGAUUACGGCUAUGGGCCAGGUAUAGGAAUGGUAGCUUUGAACGAAGUGAUGGGCGAUGAUUUCAACCCAGACAUCAAGGAUGUGGUGGUCAACGGGUCUUUCCACAUGAAAAGAAGAGCCAAAGUUUUACUGAGUCGGCAGGUCAACGAACAGCACGAAAGAGAAGCCGGCGAACCUGAGGACGCAGCACAGGAGCAGGAACAACUAGGGACGCAGGAGGAGGAGCAGGAGCUUGACUCAGAGGACCGGAAACCAGACCAGCCAGUGAUAGGCAGGGUGAAAACCAAGCUGCUGAAGAUCAAGUCUGUCCUUUUGGAGAAAUUGCGUCCGGAGAACGUGAAAUACGAUCUAAUUAUUGCUCAGAACCAGCUUUUGAGAGACGAGAAAAACUUUCCGCUGGAGGUGGAUGAACUGCUGGACCCCCUGAUCAAGCGAUUGGCGCCCGGCGGUCAUCUUGUGCUUUUGGAGCGCGGAAACCCACUGGGAGCAGAGACGAUUGCUCGUGCGAGACAGGUGAUGUUGCGGCCUGAAAACUACGGAGACCGCAUUUCCAAGAUCCCGAGACUAUACAAGAAUAGCGACGUGCUUGCUGCAGAAGCUUAUGAGUUGUCUCUGGAGGACGACGAGCCGGUUGAACCAGAAUUGCUACAGCUUUACGACGUCGAAGAAGCUGUGUCGGUCGACCCGAUAAACCUGAAAAUCGUCGCGCCGUGCUCUCACCACGGAAAGUGUCCGCUGCAAUACUUCAAUCCAGAGUAUUACAAAUACGGCAAGGUGGGGAGACGGCUCAAGUUCUGCAACUACACGAUUGACGUCGAACGGCCGAGAUAUGUGAUGGAAUUGAAAAGGGGGGCGAAACUUGCCGCGGCGUGGCGCGACAAUCCAACCAAAAAGUUUAUGUCGUAUGCUGGAAGCGGGCGUCCGAACGGCAAGGACUAUGAAACAGCAAGCUACUCGUAUCUGAUUGUACAGCGUUCUGUGGAGUCAAAUCAAGAGCUGGAAGCCCUAAGGCAGCAGGAUGUUGGUGGCAGAACCGUCGGAUACGUUCCUCAGACUGCCGAGGAGCUGCCCCGUGUGCUAUCGCCGCCUACUAAGCGCCGGGGACUGGUCGUUGCAGAUAUGUGCGCACCGUCUGGCCACGUUGAAAAGUGGUAUAUUUCAAAGAGUGUCGGAGAGCAGGCAUACCACGAUGCGCGAAAACUGGGAAUGGGUGAUCUGUGGGCUUUAGGCGCAAAGUCGAGGGUCCAGUCGACCAAGGAGAACGAGUUCUACUUCCAAAAGCUAAAAAAGCAGGAAGAAGAGAUACGGAAGCAACGCAAACGCGAUGCCAAGCUGCGCAAGAAAAAAAUGAAAGAGGAGUACCGGAAAGCAAUCUAUUCUGAGCCGAAAACGUUUGGCGAGAGUUUGAGAAUGGUAGCACAGGUUGACUCAUUCAGGAUGCUUAACUUGAGGAAAGAAAAAGACCGGCUCCAGGCUGACAUCGACCGCGACGAGCUGGCUUGA